ACAUUACCCGAAAGGCCUCGCGCUCGGGCGGGGUCGGAGGACGCCGGCCCGGGACAGGAACAAAUCAGAUCGAAGGCAAGAAACUGCCGGCUUUCAAAAUCCUCCUCCUCCGCCAUCAUCGCCGCCCCGAGGAGACCAGGUGGUGGCGGCAACAGUGCUCGGAGAGCGGAGCGAAAGGCGGGCAGGACUUUGGGGUUCCGAGGCGCCCACCCCGGCCUCCUCCGACCCGCCGCACCCUAAGGCCACCCCCGCCCCGCCGCCCCGGGCCGGGUCGCCCCACGCGGUAGUCUGCACACCUGUGGGGGAGCUCGCCAGCGCGACCGACAUGGCCUCUGAAGACAUCGCCAAGUUGGCCGAGGCACUGGCCCAAACUCAGGUGGCUGGAGGACAGCUCAGCUUCAAGGGAAAGAGCCUCAAACUCAACACUGCAGAAGAUGCCCAAGAGGUGAUCAAGGAAAUCGAAGCCUUCGAGGGCUUAGAGGCGCUGCGUUUGGAGGGCAACACUGUGGGCGUGGAGGCCGCCAAGGUCAUCGCCAAGGCCUUGGAGAAGAAGUCGGAGUUGAAGCGAUGCCACUGGAGCGACAUGUUCACGGGGAGGCUGCGGUCCGAGAUCCCGCCGGCCCUGAUCUCCCUCGGGGAGGGCCUCAUCACGGCAGGCGCGCAGCUGGUGGAGCUGGACCUCAGUGACAAUGCAUUCGGGCCCGACGGCGUCCGCGGCUUCGAGGCCCUGCUCAAGAGCCCGGCCUGCUUCACCCUGCGCGAGCUCAGGCUCAACAACUGCGGCAUGGGCAUCGGCGGUGGCAAGAUCCUGGCUGCCGCCCUGACCGAGUGUUACCGGAAAUCCAACGCCCAAGGCCAGCCUUUGGCCCUGAAAGUCUUCGUGGCUGGCAGGAACCGCCUGGAGAAUGAUGGCGCCACUGCCCUGGCAGAGGCUUUUGGGAUCAUCGGGACCUUGGAGGAGGUUCACAUGCCACAGAACGGGAUCAAUCACCCCGGCGUGACUGCGCUGGCCCAGGCCUUCGCCAUGAGCCCGCUGCUUCGGGUCAUCAACCUCAAUGACAACACCUUCACUGAGAAGGGUGCGGUGGCCAUGGCCAAGACCCUGAAGGUUCUGCGGCAGGUGGAGCUGAUCAACUUUGGGGAUUGCCUGGUGCGCUCCAGAGGUGCCAUGGCCAUUGCUGAGGCCGUCCGAGGGGGCCUGCCCAAACUGAAGGAACUGAAUUUGUCCUUCUGUGAGAUCAAGAAAGAUGCAGCGCUGGUGGUGGCUGAGGCUGUGGCAGACAAGGCGUCUCUGGAGAAACUGGACCUCAAUGGCAACAUGCUGGGAGAUGAGGGCUGUGAGCAGCUGCAGGAGGUUCUGCAGAGUUUCGACAUGGCUGGGGUGCUGGCGUCCCUCAGUGAUGACGAGGGGGAUGAAGAGGAGGAGGAGGAUGACGACGAAGAGGAAGAGGAGGAGGAGGAGGAAGAUGAGGAAGACGAGGAGGAAGAAGAUGAGGAAGAGGAAGGGGUGCAGCAGCAAGGACAAGGGGAGGAAAUAACCACACCCCCACGGAAGAUUCUGGACCCCAACAGUGAGGAACCAGUUCCCACACUGGCUUCCCUGCCGCCCACCGAUGUCUCCACCUUCCUGGCCUUCCCGUCUCCGGAGAAGCUGCUGCGCCUUGGGCCCAAGAGCUCUACGCUUAUCGCUCAGCAGACUGACACAUCUGACCCGGAGAAUGUGGUGUUCGCCUUCCUGAAGGUGUCCUCGGUGUUCAAGGACGAAGCCACUGUGAGGACGGCCGUGCAUGAUGCCGUGGAUGCCCUGAUGCGGAAGGCCUUUGGCUCAUCCUCCUUCAACCCCAAUGUCUUCCUCACCCGGCUUCUCAUCCACAUGGGUCUGCUCAAGAGCGAGGACAAGGUCAGCGCCGUUGCCAGCCUAUCCGGCCCCCUGAUGGCGCUAAACCAUGCUGUGCAGCAGGACUAUUUCCCCAAGGCGCUGGUCCCGCUGCUGCAGGCCUUCGUCACCAAGCCCAAUGUCGCCCUGGAAGCCGCCUCCUUCGCCCGCCACAGCCUCCUGCAGACGCUCUACCAGGUCUAAACCCAGCGGAGCAGCACGGGGAGGACUGAGGGAGACUGCCCUGGUCCUGGAGGAUGUGGCCAAGUGCCAGGCGCAGUCCCAAGUGUGAGUGUAGGGUGCAAGGUGUGCCCGGUGUGCUGCUUCUGCUUCACUCUGAGCAGCCUGUCACCCAGGAGGAUUGCUGGCCCGGCCGACCCAGUUGCUUCACCGUUAAACUCACCGUGGGCUGUGUGUGCUGCCUUGUGACGAGUGCAGGCCCGGUGGCGCCCACAGUGUGGCCUUGAUCCUGUGGACCCUGUCCCUGGGCACAGCUGCUGUGAUAGUUCUGUCGGAGUGAGGGGCUCUUGGUAGGCUCAAGAUCUGCCUGGCUGGCCCUGAUUGGAGCGUCACUGACGCAUGGGCUGGGCUGGGCGGGGGCCCCAUCCCUGAACCCCCUCCAAACUUCUGCUUCCCUUGUGCUCCGUGCCGGGCUGUGCCCGGGCUUCCCCAAUAAAGCCGUGUGUGGCAGUCUCAA